AUGGAGGCGGUGGAGGAAAGGUUGGAUCGUGCAUUAACAACUUCGACAUGGUUGGAGCUCUUUCCGGAAAGCAAGCUUGUCAAUCUUAUUGCAUCUCAUUCCGGUCACAGCCCUAUAAUUCUGUAUUGUGAUCCUGUACAGCGCAACAGCAAGAAGCACACUUUCCGUUUCGAAAAUUACUGGCUGAAUGAAGAAGGCAUUACUGAGGUUGUCAAAAAUGGAUGGAGGCGAGGGGAAAACCAUGAGGUGCAGCAGCGCCUCUCUUUUUGUGCAGAAGAUCUUGGGAGAUGGAACUUAAAUCGCAACAGGGAGAACAAGGAUGAGUUACAGAGAUACAAAAAUGUAAUGGAGCAGUAUAGAGGAGAUCAGGAUCCCGCAUCAACGUCUCGUUUUUUCGAGGCUCAGACUGGGUAUAAUAAGGCUCUCAUCCACGAGGAUACCUACUGGAAACAAAGAGCUAAAAUGCAUUGGCUGCGCGACGGUGACCGUAAUACUAAAUUUUUCCAUUUAUCUGCAACGGUUCGUAAAAACAAACAGAAGAUUGACAUGUUGGUUAAUGUUAACGGAGAUGAAACUCGGGACCAGGCAGGCAUUUGUGAUAUAGCUAGAAGCUACUUCGAGAACAUAUAUGUUACCAAAGAUGGAUUAUAUGAUCCCUUGCUUAAUAUUAUUCAACCUCAAAUUACAGCAGAAGAGAACUGUAGACUGCUGUUGCCUAUUUCUAAAGCUGAGCUUCAAGCAACGGCCCUUGAGAUGCAUCCUGACAAAUCGUCGGGACCCGACGGUUUCAACCCAGCUUUUUUUCACAAGUUCUGGGAUUUAUGUGGGGAAGAUAUCUGGAGUGCAGCCUCACACUGGUUAGAGAGAGGUUUUUUCCCUCAAUCUCUAGAUGAGACUAACAUCUGUUUGAUUCCUAAAUGUAUUCAUCCGCACCAUAUGAAGGAUUACCGUCCUAUCUCUUUGUGUAAUGUGAUCUACAAAAUUGUGUCAAAGGCUCUCGCAAAUAGAUUAAAAGUUUUGUUGGAGAAGUGUAUUUCGGAGGAACAAUCAGCUUUUGUAGAGGGGAGGUCUAUUCUGGAUAAUGCGAUGAUAGCUAUGGAAAUUAUUCACGCUCUGAAACGGAGAACUAAAGGAAAUAAGGCUCACUUGGCUUUUGAAAUUGAUAUUAUUAAGGCAUACGAUAGAGUUAAUUGGGGCUUCUUGAGAGAUCGUGUUGGACCAAUUGAACUAGGAAGAGGACUCAGGGCCAAUGUAGCGGAGGUGGCUCAUCUUAUGAGUUUUCUCAGUAUCUAUGCAGAUGCGUCAGAACAGGAGAUUAACUUGAACAAGUCUGAAGUGUUUUUUAGUCGUAACUUGAACAAACCGGCGCAGGAGGAUAUUGCAAAAAUUAUGGGAGUACACCAUGUCAUGGGGACCGGGAAUUACUUAGGAUUACCAUCGAUGAUUGGCAGAAGCAAGAAGGCCACUUUUUCUUUUAUCAAGGACCGUAUGUGGAAGAGGAUUAACUCGUGGAGAGGUGGAUCUUUAUCAAAAGCGGGAAAGGUAAUCAUGAUAAAAUCUGUUCUUCAAUCUAUUCCAGCAUAUAUUAUGAGUAUUUUCAUUUUACCAGAUGCGACCAUAAAUGAUAUUGAGAAGAUGAUGAAUUCUUUCUGGUGGGGAGGAGGAAAUAAUCAUACUAGUGGUAUAAGAUGGAUGUCAUGGGAUAAGUUAACGGGUACGAAGAAGGAAGGUGGGUUGGGCUUUAGAGACCUUAAAGCUUUCAACAUGGCUAUGGUGGCAAAACAAGGAUGGAACUUGAUUAGUAAACCACAAACUCUUGUCUCCAGAAUCUACAAAGCAAUGUAUUAUCCUAGAACUUCUUUUCUCGAUGCUAAUAUCGGGUAUAAUCCGAGUUUUGUUUGGAGAAGCUUGUGGAAGGCUAGAGAUGUUUUAAUGCUAGGUUGCAGGUGGAGUAUAGGAGAUGGUAGCCAAAUUAUGGUGAUGAGUGAUCCUUGGAUUAGGGGAAGAAGAGAAGGUUGUAUUAUUGGACCCCAAAAGCAAGCUUGUGAAGACAUAUUACGGGUCCCUUUAUUGAAGGAGGUGGUGAGAGAUAGAUUGAUUUGGAAAGAAGAGCAAAAUGGUUUGUCCGAUCUUUUAGACCCCAGGUUACGUUCCUUUACUGAUGCAAAAUCCCUCAUUCUUGAUUUUUGUAGUUCGGAGGAUAGGAAGGUUGCGGGGAGAUUUGCAGUUGUGCUGGAUGUGAUUUGGAAGAAUAGAAAUGAUCUUAUUUGGCAUAAUGAGAAAGAGGAAGCAACAAAGUUGGGGGUUGCUUGGGAUAUUGGUACCCUCUCUAUUCUUGAGGCGGAAGCUUCGGCCAUUAAAGAAGCUAUCGAAGGUGCUAUAGCUAUGCACUUGGAAAAAGUCAUCUUUGAAAGCGACGCUCAACAGGUGAAGUUCAUUAAACGUCAAGCGAAUUUGGUUGCCCACUCCCUAGCGAAGGCGGCCAAUUCUUGGACUAGACGUAGUGUCAUAAACUCGAUUCCUCCUUGUAUUCAACCUAUUAUUUUGAAUGAAAUGCAUUGA